AUGGAGGAUGGCCACACACUCUUUGACUAUGACGUGCGCCUCAAUGACACCAUCCAGCUGCUAGUGCGCCAGAGCUUGGUGCUGCCGUCCAGCCAGAAGGAGAAGGACUCGGAGCUCUCGGACACGGACUCGGGCUGCUGCCUGGGCCAGAGUGAGUCGGACAAGUCAUCCACACAUGGUGAGGCAGCUGCCGACACAGACAGCAAGGCUGGCCUGGCUGGUGAGGACGCGUGGGACGAGACAGAGCAGGGACUCUACAAGGUGAACGAGUACGUGGAUGCGCGGGACACGAACAUGGGUGCGUGGUUCGAGGCGCAGGUGGUCAGGGUGCUGCGGAAAGUGCCGACUGCGGAUGAUGAGCCCUGCAGCUCUACCGCCAGCCCAACGCCCGAGGAGGACCUCAUCUACCGCGUGAGAUACGAUGACUACCCCGAGAACGGCGUGGUCACCAUGAAACCCCAGGAUGUGCGUGCACGCGCCCGCACCAUCCUUAAGUGGCAUGAGCUGGAGGUGGGCCAGGUGGUCAUGCUGAACUACAACACCGACCACCCCAAGGAGCGCGGCUUCUGGUACGACGCCGAGAUCUGCAGGAAGCGCGAGACGCGCACGGGGCGGGAGCUGUACGCCAACGUCAGGCUUGGGGACAAUUCUCUCAAUGACUGUCGCAUCAUCUUUGUGGAUGAAGUCUUCAAGAUCGAGCGUCCAGGCGAAGGCCCCCCCGUGGUGGAGAACCCCCUGAGACGCAAGAGCGGCCCGUCCUGCAAAUACUGCAAGGACGACCCCAACAAGCUGUGCCGUAUCUGCGCCUGCCACCGCUGUGGGGGCCGGGAGGCGCCCGACAAGCAGCUGAUGUGUGACGAGUGUGACAUGGCGUACCACCUGUACUGCCUGGACCCCCCGCUCAGCAGCGUGCCCCCGGAGGAGGAGUGGUACUGCCCUGACUGCCGGAACGAUUCCAGUGAGGUGGUGCUGGCCGGGGAGCGGCUGCGAGAGAGCAAGAAGAAGGCGAAGAUGGCAUCGGCCACAUCGUCCUCGCAGCGGGACUGGGGCAAGGGCAUGGCGUGCGUGGGGCGCACAAAGGAGUGUACCAUUGUCCCGUCCAACCACUAUGGACCCAUCCCGGGCAUCCCCGUGGGCACCAUGUGGCGGUUCCGCGUGCAGGUCAGUGAGUCCGGCGUCCAUCGACCUCACGUUGCAGGUAUCCAUGGCCGGAGCAACGACGGGGCCUACUCCCUGGUCCUGGCCGGGGGCUAUGAGGACGAUGAAGACAAUGGGAAUUCUUUCACCUACACAGGUAGUGGUGGCCGCGACCUUUCUGGCAACAAGCGGACUGCUGAGCAGUCGAGUGACCAGAAGCUCACCAACACCAACAGGGCCCUGGCUCUCAACUGCUCCGCGCCCAUUGACGACAAGAAGGGUGCGGUGGCCAAGGACUGGCGCUCGGGGAAGCCGGUGCGGGUCGUGCGGAACAUGAAGGGUGGCAAGCACAGCAAGUACGCGCCCGCGGAGGGCAACCGCUAUGAUGGCAUCUACAAGGUCGUGAAGUACUGGCCGGAGAAGGGCAAGUCCGGCUUCCUCGUGUGGCGCUACCUCCUGCGGAGGGACGACGACGAGCCUGGGCCCUGGACGAAGGAAGGGAAGGACCGCAUCAAGAAGCUGGGGCUGACCAUGCAGUACCCAGAGGGCUACUUGGAAGCCCUGGCCAACCGGGACAAGGAGAACAAGAGGGCGGCCGAGGAGCGGGAAGACCUCUCGCCCUCCAAAAAGGGCAAGUGGAAGCGGAAGUCGGCAGGCCAGGGUGGCUCUGGCGUGUGGACCACCAAGAAAACCAAGCUGGAGCCCUACAGCCUCACAGCCGAGCAGAACAACCUCAUCAAGGCGGACGAGAGCAACGCGAAGCUGUGGACGGAGGUCCUCACGGCGCUCAGGGAAGGCCUGUUCCAGGUGUUCCUGAGCAAGGUGGAGGAGACGUUCCAGUGCAUCUGCUGCCAGGAGCUGGUGUUCCAGCCCGUCACCACCGUGUGCCAACACAACGUGUGCAAGGACUGCCUGGACAGGUCGUUCCGCGCCCAGGUCUUCAGCUGCCCGGCCUGCCGCUAUGACCUGGGCCGUGGCUACAGCAUGCAGGUGAACUCGGCGCUGCAGGACAUCCUCAACCAUUUCUUCCCCGGUUAUGGCAGUGGCCGGUGAUCCCCGAGCACUUCCGGCGGCGCUGGACCCCGUCCUGGUGCCUGGCCGCGGCCUCGUCUCUAGCGGGCUUAACUUAAACGUGUAGUUACCCUCCGCUCCCUGAAAGCCUGUCUUCCCUGUUUUUGUUUUCGUUGUUUAAUGUAUACGUUUUCAGGAAUUUCCAAGUUCUAGCUGCAAGUUGGACUUGUGAGCGUUUGGUUUAGUUGUAUCAAGAGUGUAAAGCUGCGAUUUAUCUGCAUGAGAUGGCAUUGGCCACGCGGCCCGAGGCGGCGUUGGUUGCUGGUGAGGAGGAGGUUGCAGAUGCUCCCGCCACCGACUGCUAAGAAGGCGCCCGCCCGGCUGCGAGGUUCGGGGGCUCGGGGGUCCCCUCCUCCCCAGCGUCAAAGCCGACCGUCUUUCUGAAGGCAGCAGUAUGGUUCCUGGUGGGGCCCCGCUGUCGCCAAGAGGCUCUUAAGAGAAGAGGACGGGGUUCCUCCGCAGGAGCCCUCCCACGGCGCCUCCGAGCUGCCCACCAGUCCUGUGUCCGGGCGGCCGCCGGGCUGGGCAGCAUCUACCUCACCUCCGCGUGGGGCCGCGGGCCGGGGCGGCGGGAAGCAGGCGCGGUGGAGCCCGGUCCAAGUGCCUUCGCUCGUCCUCAAGACUGGGCUCUUCCUUUUUAGCACUGAAUUGUGGAAAAACGCCAGCCAGAUUUUCUGAAGACUGCGCGUCCGUUUCUUCCUGGCGCUCAGUGGGUGCUGGGGGUGGUUUGCGUUUUACCCAUCAUUUAAGGUUUUUUUUUUUUUUCUAAGACUCAGCAAUUGACACUUACAAGAGGGGAUUUUUUUUCUGUUUUUUGUUUGGUAAUGAAUAUUUUUUCAAAUGAAAUUUUUUUUUUGUAGUAUAUAUGUACCAAGAAAGAUAUAACUUAGGGUUUGGUUGUGUUAUUUUGGGGUUUUUUGGUACUUUUUUCAAAGGAUUUGUUCAUUUUUUUCUAACUUUACCAAAGUUUGCAGCUUAUACCUCAGCAGACCCAGGGAUGUUUAAAUCACAUAACUGCAGACAGACCGAAGCAAUACUGUUUUUAAAGGGUUGUUCUUUGUUUUUUUUUCUUUAUUAGAUUGUUAAUGUAUUAGGGAAGAAAUAAUGCAAUUCUCUGUAGGCUUUUUCCGAAGUUGAAUAUUCUUUGUGCAGAUUUUAGAUUCUCAGAAUAAAUGUUUUUCACAGAA